AUGUCAAACACUGCUGACGCCGAGGCUAUUCUUGUUGUUUCCCGCCAAGUACAUGUAGACACUGUACCUUUUCGCAGAAUGGGAAAAUCCGAAAGCCAGAUGGAUAUCAUGGAAAAAUCAGCCAAACCCGGGAAGCAUCGGAGUGUCGUCGUGAUUGGGCUGUCGGUGUUGCUGCUGCUGGUGAGCUGCGCGCUCGUGGGGCUCGUGGUUUUGUACACAACCGCCGUGCGAGAAAAGUCGGGCAGAAUCGCUGUAUCCAAGGGCACGGUGAGGGAAGGGCUAAUGUGCCGUUCUAGAGACGACAGCGUGUGCACCACUUCAGACUGUGUCACAGCAGCGGCCCGUCUGAUCCAGAACAUGGACCCGCGUGCCGAGCCGUGCCAGAACUUCUACCAGUACGCCUGCGGCGGGUGGCAGGAGCGCCACGUGAUCCCUGAGACCAGCUCCCACCACAGCGUCUUCGACAUCCUGCGCGGGGAGCUGGAGAUUGUGCUCAAGGGGGUGUUGGAAACGCAGAACCCCAAGGACCGCGAUGCCUUCAAGAAGGUCAAGCUUCUCUACAGCUCUUGCAUGAACGAGAGUCUGAUUGAGCAGCGCGACUCCCAGCCUCUGCUGCAGCUGAUCGAGAACGUUGGAGACUGGCCAGUGGCCUCCGACGACUGGAACAGCACAGCAGAUGAUCUCUGGAGUUUGGAAGAUACUUUAGCCACCCUCAUAGUCCAAUACCACAAGAAGGUUCUCGUAGACAUGUUUGUGUGGACUGAUGACCGGGACUCCAGUCGCCACAUCUUGCAUAUCGAUCAACCUGUUCUGGGGAUGCCCUCCAGGGACUAUUACUUUAACGAUGGAAACUACCAGCAGGUGAGAGAGGCCUACCUGCAGUUUAUGGUAACCAUGGCGAGGAUAGCUCGUGAGGACCGUAACCUGACCCAGGAUGAUGAGCGUGUGCGGGAGGAGAUGACACAGGUCAUGGAGCUGGAAAGAGACAUUGCCAACGCCACUACACCCCAUGAGCAACGCCAUGACAUCACACUACUCUACAACAAGAUGACACUAAGUGAACUCCAGGAGAACUAUGGUCUCAACGGCUUCAACUGGACCCGCUUCGUACAAGGCGUGAUGUCGGGCGUGUCCAUAAGCGUACGACAGGAGGAGGAGGUGGUGGUGUACGGCGUCCCCUAUCUUGAGAAGCUGAGCGAUGUACUGGCCAAACACGACCGCAGGACGCUGCAGAAUUACCUCACCUGGCAGCUGAUCAUUGAGAGAGUUAGCAGCCUGAGUAGACGCUUCAAAGAUGCUCGUGCACACUACAGAAAGGCGCUGUUUGGGACUACGGUGGAGGAGGCCCGCUGGCGUGACUGUGUGCGCUACGUUCAGGGCAGCAUGGUGAAUGCCGUGGGAGCACUCUACGUCCAGGAGGCCUUCGCUGGGGACAGCAAGCGCGUGGUAGGCGACCUGAUCCAGAUGAUGCAGGCAGCUUACAUGGACACUCUGGAGGAGCUGAGCUGGAUGGAUGCAGCAUCCAAGGAGAAGGCCAGAGAGAAGGUCUUGGCCAUCAGGGAGCAAAUCGGCUAUCCUGAUCACAUCCUGGAGGAAAACAACCUGAAGCUGGACGAGGAGUAUGCCCAUCUGAACUUCAGCGAGAAUUACUUUGAGAACAUUCUGCAGAACCUGCAGGCUGGCUCCAAGAAAAGUUUGAAGAAACUCAGAGAGCCAGUUGACAAGAACAUGUGGAUCAUUGGUGCAGCUGAGGUGAAUGCUUUCUACUCUCCAAACCGAAACCAAAUAGUUUUCCCGGCUGGAAUUCUGCAGCCCCCAUUCUUCCAUAAGAAUCAGCUGCAGGCUCUCAACUUUGGGGGCAUCGGGAUGGUGAUCGGCCAUGAGAUCAUCCAUGGCUUUGAUGACCACGGUCGUAACUUUGACAAGGAUGGAAAUAUGUUCAACUGGUGGAGCAACUACUCGGCGGAGCACUUCAAGGAGCAGUCCCAGUGCAUGGUGCAUCAGUACGGCAGCUUUCACUGGAACCUGGCCGGGGGGCAAAAUAUCAGUGGCAUAAAUACGCUGGGGGAGAACAUUGCGGACAAUGGAGGAAUUCGGCAAGCGUACAAGGCUUAUCUGAAAUGGGUUGAGAGGGAGGGAGAGGAGCCUCGACUGCCUGGUUUAGACUUGGACCAUAAGCAGCUCUUCUUUCUCAACUUUGCCCAGGUGUGGUGUGGUGCCUAUAGGCCUGAAUAUGCCAGCCAGUCUAUCAAGACAGAUUCUCACAGUCCACUGGAGUACAGGGUUUUGGGCUCCCUUCAGAACUUUGAGGAGUUCUCUGAGGCGUUCCAGUGCAGCGCGGGUGACCCCAUGAACCCUGAGGUGAAGUGCAGGGUGUGGUAGCCAGGUGUCUGUCUGGGCCUACUGUAUCUAUCUAUCCAUCUUCUCCUCCUUGUUCACCCUCAUCUGUGGAUGGAUGGGCUGACUUUGAGAUGUGGACAGCAGCAGCUACGUACUUACUGUACUGUGUGUGCCAAACAGUGUCAUCUUCACAGUCCUUACAGAAAAAAACACAGUGUGCUACCACUGCCUUAUGUUUCAACCAGGUCACCCCUUGUUUUGGUGAAUGUACCUGACUUACCUGUCACGGUUUACUCACGUCAUAAUGUAGGAAUCCCCUAAAUACUCUGCCCUGUUAAAGGCAUGCAGGUGUAGGAUUCAUUGCCGUGGAGGACGCAGGUGUGUGAGGAAGGAUACUUGAUGUUUUGCGUGUCUAUUGGGCUCUUACACGUAGCCUUUAGUUAUGCUGUUCUUUCCUGUCCUUGUUGCUAUGUGACUGUUACAUGCUCCUAAGACCAUGUUUGGCCAGUCUGCACGACUGUGUGGUCAAGAUGUUAGAUGCGUCACUAUGUACGUAGAGCCAAGUAUACGGAAUGUGUCUGAUGAUAACCUGACUGAUUAUUUAAAGGUUUGCUCCAAGUGUUUUUCACAAACAUCUUUGAGAUUAUUGUCAACUUUUUACAGUUAAUGCUUGAAGUCAAACUGCAUUGUUUUUUUUAUGAAUCCAAAAAAAGGGGCAGGUUCAAAUUGUGUACUUUUGCAUGACUGAAAGCUGCAGCAUAGUGAGUAACAAUCGCACAGUUUUGAUUGUGAACAGAAUGGGGAGCUUACCACAAUUGUAACAGGGCUGAUGAUAUAUUAUGUUAUAACCUGCAAUUUAUUUAUGGAGCAAUUUAUCCAAUGACUCGAUGACUGUUAACUUUGCAUACACAGAUUUAAACAUGAACACUUUAAGUGAAAUGUAUUUUAGGGGGCAGGGUGUUGUCCGAAAGAUAAUUUAUAUAUCUGUACAAAAAAAAAGAUGUUUGAAAUGCACUUCGCAGUUUGUAAAUAUUAUAUUAUCUAUUUGUGUAUGUUGGAGACAUUAAGAUGGCAUUUCAUUGGAACUUGGAUGAUUCUCCAGCACUGAAAAGCCCCUCGUUUUCUUGCCUACAUUUUGGCAAAGUUGAGACAUUACCUUCAUACUUGUGCCUCGAAUGUGUAUUGUUGCCAGUGCCUGUCAUCCCCAGUGCUAUCUAUUACCAGUAGAUUAGAAUAAGGCAAAGUGCCAGAGAAGGAGAGUGGAAUGGAGAGGGGUGGAGAGCAAGACAGGGAGGAGAAGAGAGACAUGGAGAAGUAGAGAGACAUAGGGAGCCUUUUUGAGAGGGAAAGAGAGAGAGAGAGAGAGAGAAAGCCUUUUGCAAUUCUAAGGAAUGUUCUGUUUUUCCGCUGUCAACCCACCUGUGCAACAAGGCAGGCUUUGUUGGUUUGGGAGGGGAAAGACAGUCUGUAGCCAUCCAAUGCAUGAUUAAGAAUCAGACAUCUACUUAGUAUUCUGGCCCCUCUCUGCAAAAUGGCUCUGCUGUCCUUUUUGUCAGACGUCAAACCCACAGAGGGUUUGUCAGGACACCCGGAGAGCAUUUUUCACACAAAAAAUAUGUUAAAAAAUUGCUGUUAAAUGGAAUUAGUAUAUCAUAGAGUUGAUACCUUUCAUCUUUAAAGAAAGCUGCAAAAGGUGAAAAGGUGCAUCCUCUUGUUCCUGUCGAUGUCUUGACAUAGCUUUGUUGUUCUCAGAUGAGGAUCUGACAGACUAGAACAUCAAGUUUUUCUGUCACUCUUUCGUGAGAAGAUUGUCCAUCAAACAUUUGGAUCACCAAAGUCAGAACCCUUCUAAUGUGACCUCUGGUGUUUCAACAUGAGAGUUCCUGUUGCCAAGGUCACAGCGUAUCUCAGCGUCUAUCUUUUUUGUGAGAGCUGUUGAGUGUUUGAGGCCCAGCAGGCUUUUCAAGGUGUACCUUUCCGGAUUCACAUUGACGGACAGGGGUGAAGUUUCAGUGAACCUUGUAGUGACCCUGAGAAGUGCUGAGAGAAUGGAGCAGGCCAGACCUGGGCGAGGGGGGGGGGAGAAGGACACUGCUUGUUGUAGUGGCUGGAUCAGGUUGAUGGGGAGUCUGUGUAGCUGGAAAGAAACGUUUGUUUCCCUCGUAUCUCCCAAAUUGAUCAGCCGCACAGAGAUAAGAGGUCUGUGUGUGUGCGAGUGUGUGUGUGUGCACGCGUGCGUGU